AAUUGCUUUUUUUCCUUUGCUUUAUUGAAUAUGAUCGGAUGAUGCGAAAGAGAAAAAUAAAAGUUCUCCGUUAGUUGAUCCACCUUUCCGAAGAAUGUUAGUUAUUUAUGAUUUAUUCAUCUCUUCAUUUUCUGAUUCUAUUUAUCUUCAUCGAGUAUUUAUGAACAAAAAAAAGGCCUUAAUAUAUGCUAAAUUAUAAAAUAACAAGAAUAUUUUUUUACUUAUUUUGUGUUGAUUUUUACGGAGUUUUUUUAAGUUUACUUAAUUUCCGAUCAUUUGUAUAAGUAUACGGAAUAAUAAAACUAAUAUUAUUCUUAAUUAUCGAGUAAAAAAACGCCUCCAUAUUGGAAAAAAUUAAUCUAUGAUCAGUUUUUUUACUCAUUGAAUCAUAAUCAAAAAAGCAAAAAGAAAAAUGAACGCAUUGUAUAACGUAAUUUUCUGUUUGACUGUUCUACUGGUGAAUGUUGAAGGAUCAGGUAAAUAAUUAUUUUUUGCUGAUACAAAAUUAUAUCAGGAGAGAAGAUCCUCAGAUUUUUAAGAUAUGAUUAUAUUACUGGAUCUCACUGCACAGCUUUUCAUACUGUUUCUUGAAAUAAGAUUUGAUAAAUUUGAAUUUUAUUUUGUAUAGCUCUUUCCAUUAAUCAACCAAAAUUAUGUCCAUCGGCAACAUGGAACUCUAAUGCUGUGACAUUUACUAAUCCUUUUACAAUUGGUACACAACUUAAUAGCAUUUCAAUUGAUAUCAAUAAUACUAUUUAUGUAGCAGAAGGAAUUCUUAAUUGUGUUCAAGUCUGGCUAAAUGGAAAUGCAAUUCCAAUAAAUAUUUAUAUUGGUUUGAACACGCCACAAGCUGUUUUUCCUUCGAUAAAUGGUGAUAUUUAUAUUGAUAACAGUAAUCAUAAUGGUCAGGUAGAUAGAUGGGCAUUAAAUGCAUUAUUAGGUACUAGAGUCAUGAAUAUUAGUGGUGCUUGUUAUGGUCUCUUUAUCGAUAUCAACAAUUAUCUUUAUUGUUCCAUCGAUUCAGCUCAUCAAGUGAUUAAACAGUCACUUGACAAUGAUACGUUAACAGUUGCUGCUGGCACUAGUACUGGCGGGAAUAAGGCAAAUCAGCUUAAUCACCCUCGAGGAAUUUUUGUUGACAUCAAUUUGAAUAUGUAUGUAGCAGAUUCAGGAAACGCAAGAAUUCAGCUUUUUAAAUCAGGACAAUCAAACGCAACAACCGUAGUAGGAACUGGAGCAUCAGGAACAUUCACACUCCACCAACCGGUAGCAGUUAUACUUGAUUCUGAUGGAUAUUUAUUCAUUGCAGAUUUUGGGAAUAAUUGUAUUAUAAGAUCAGGAAGAUCAGGAUUUUAUUGUUUAUUUGGAUGUACAUAUCAUCCAGGUACAGCGUCGAAUCAAUUACAUAAUCCCCAGAGUCUCAGUUUUGAUAGCUAUGGAAAUCUAUAUGUUGCUGAUUCUGGAAAUCAUAGAAUUCAAAAAUUUAAUUUGGCAACAAAUUCAUGCGAUAUUUCUUUCAAUCUACCGAAACUUUGUUCAAAUGCAACAUGGAAUCCUGACGCUAUAACUGUUGCGAAUAGUACUAGCAUUGGCCUAUAUCCCCAAGGUCUCUUUGUCAAUAUUAACAACACUGUUUAUCUGUCUGCAACAAGCUUUAAUAACAUUUUAGUAUUGUCAGAAGGAAGUACCAGUCCACAAACAUAUAUUUCUUAUGAUUUGAGUGGACCAGGUGCUAUGUUUGUCACUGUUGACGGUACUGUUUAUGUUCAUAACGGUAGGAAUAAUGGUAGCAUAUAUAAAUGGGCAAAUAAUGGAGCAGCUGGUAGUGUUCUUGCCAUGUUUGUUAAUAGUACUUGUAACGGUAUUUUUGUCGACAUCCAAGACAAUAUUUAUUGUUCUGUGAGGCAUCGUCAUAUCGUAAUCAAAAAAUUAUCCAAUAACACUGCAAAUACAACGACCACUAUCGCAGGUAAUGGUACUGCCGGAUCCGGACCAUAUAUGCUGGAAAAUCCUCGAGGAAUCUUUGUUGAUAAUAAUUUCAAUUUGUAUAUAGCAGACUGCGAAAACAAUAGAAUACAAUUAAUACAACAAGGAUAUACAAACAUGACAACUGUAGUAGGAAAUGGAUCAAAUGAAACAAUUGUAUUUGAUUGUCCAACUAGUGUUAUACUUGAUGCUGAUGGAUAUUUAUUUAUUGCGGACUAUAAUAAUCAACGUAUAAUUGGAUCAAAUGCUAAUGGUUAUCGAUGUAUAGUAGGAUGUACAAAUGGAAAUGGUUCAGCAUCCAAUCAAUUAAGUCAACCUUGGAGUCUUAGUUUUGAUAGUUAUGGAAACAUUUAUGUUGAUGAUGCAGGAAAUUCGCGGGUACAAAAAUUUCUUUUUAUAAGUAAUUCUUGUGAUGAAGUUAUAUUCUAUGAUGAUACACUAACAUCAACUACAUAUCUGAACAUAAGUACUAUGUGA